AUGGCACAGGAAUCAGUGACAUUCGAAGAUGUUUCUGUUGACUUCUCCCUCGAAGAGUGGGGAUUUCUGAACCCUACUCAGAGAGAUCUGUACAAGGCUGUGAUGUUGGAGAACUAUCGGAACCUGGUCUCCCUGGAUAAAGAGACGUGUGGGAAGAUUAAGGAGUUACAAAAUGGACGAAUAUGCAACCAGUGUCUAGAUUGUGGGAAAUACUUUAAACGUCGCUCUGCUCUUGUUCUACAUCAGAGAAUCCAUACUGGGGAGAGACCUUACCCGUGUAAGGAAUGUAGUAAAGCUUUCCUUCAGAAGGCUCAUCUCAGCCAGCACGAGAGAAUCCACACAGGCGAGAAACCCUACACUUGUCAAGACUGUGGGAAAGCCUUCAGCCAGGUGGCGCAUCUCACUCAGCAUCACAGGACUCACACCGGAGAGAGGUUCCACGAAUGCGGUCAAUGUGGCAAGGCCUUUGGUAAUUCCUCAGCCCUGAUUAACCACCAGCGAAUUCACACUGGAGAAAAACCCUUUGAGUGUCAGGAAUGUGGCCGAGCCUUCUCUCAAAACUCACAGCUUACUAGACAUAAGAAAAUUCAUUCCGGAGAAAAACCCUACGAAUGUAGUAAGUGUAAGAAUUCCUUUGUGCGCCUUUCUUCCUUGACUGAACAUCAGCGAAUUCACACUGGAGAAAAACCGUAUCAGUGUAAGGAAUGUGGGAAGAUCUUUACCCGGGGCAUGCAGCUGACCCUGCACAGGAGACUCCAUACAGGUGAGAAACCCUAUGUGUGUCAGGACUGUGGGAAAGCCUUCAUCUGUAGGUCCCACUUUGUCACUCACAGGAGAAGCCAUACAGGAGAAAGACCCUACAAAUGCCCCGUGUGUGGGAAAGCCUUCAGUACCUGCUCUUCGGUUGUCACUCAUAAGAGAACACACAGUGGAGAGAAGCCCUUUGAAUGCCCUGUGUGUGGGAAAGCCUUUAACACGUCGUCUUCACUUUGUCAACAUAAGAGGAUUCACACAGGAGAAAAACCCUUUGACUGCCUUGUAUGUGGGAAGUCUUACAGAUGCAGGUCAAACCUCACUCGACAUCAGCGAGUUCAUACUGUAGAAUAUUAA